AUGGAAGCCGCCAUCCGCUUCUCCCAGAACUCAUUCCCUGCAGACCCGCAGAGAUUCUUGUACGUCGAUGUCGUUGGGAGAUCAUUCAAAUUGUGCAACGUCACAAAACAGAGCAAAAGGGUCUUCGAAUAUGAAGCCAUUCAUACUACGACCAAAGUCCCGGCAUUUCGGGCCUUUGACUGGCAUCCCGUCAAUGAGGAUCUGGUUGUGGUCGGUCAAGCGGGAGGAGAGGCCACUCUUUUGAAUAUCGCCGAGGGUCAGCAGGACUCAUUGGCUUUUCAAGUGAGGAGCCAGCGCUUGUGCAAUGCCGUGGCUCUCAACAGUCAAAAUCUUCUGGCCGCAGGGCUGGACAAAGUGAGGACUGAUUUUUGUCUCAAUAUAUGGGAUUUCAACCAGGGGCUACCUACAGCAGGAUCAAUGGGCUUUUCCAAGAAUCAUUCAGAGCCCCUUCAUAAGCUGGCAAGCGGGGAGCCCAUCACUAGUUUGAAGUUCUUUCAGGACGACCCUUCACUCCUGGUGGCUGGGGUUAAAGGUCAAUUUGUCAGAUUGUAUGAUUUGCGAGAGCCGUCCAUCGGAAAUGGGUUGCAAUUUGCUACCCGGUGUGUCCAUAACCUGGCUAUCGACUGGCUUGAUCAGAACUACUUUGCUUCUUGCUAUCCAACAAACGACCCAUCGAUCUGUGUUUGGGACCGGAGAAUGAUCAGCCGCCUCAACACGCCACAAAUGGGCUUCACUGGGGGGUCUCAUAGUGAAAAUCGCCAACCCGAGCUGUCACUAGAGCUAAAGAGCGUCGUCGAAAGUCCAGGGACAGUUUGGAGCGUGAGAUUUUCCAAAGCUGAGCGAGGAUGCUUGGGCGUUCUCUCUAGUACUGGACAUCUGAAAGUCUACAAAUUGGGCAAAGAUUUCUCUUCACAGACCUACAGGGUCGAAAAUGACGGACGCCAGGAUCUCUCAUGGGAGACCAGCACACCUCAGGAAAUCUUUCUCGAGCGAGCUCAAGACCUCGAGAGGCCAUAUGCAAGUGCCGCUGCUCCCAAGAACGAGAAACCCAGGGUUGUGUCCUUUGACUUCACGACAGCUACAACCAAUAUGAGGCAAUCCAAGAUCUUGACACUUGACGGACGUGGCGAGGUCAAGCUCAUAUCCCCCAGCCCUCCUCCAGGCCCGUCGCCCCUCUGCUCCGCUGGGUAUCUAUGCAAAGGCAGUCAUUUCAUCGAACAGGUAACCACUUCCACUCCUGAACCAGGAACUGCAAUCGACCAAGUCCGUCGCCGGGCUCAGCCCCGGAACAUUCUCAGACAGACCUUUAAGCAAUCACGACAGAACAAGACAAUUGCAGAAACUAAACGAAUGUCGAGUCUUGAUGAUCAGGCAUGGCACGCCGACUUAGGUUUCUAUGAAAGGGAUGUGCCAUUAGCAGACCUUGUGACAUUGACCUCAAUUCAACGGUUGCGGUGCGAAGCAGGUUAUCUUCUCAACCCCUCCCAAAAUAAGGCCAUUGUCUCAGACUCCCACUGGCUACAAUCAUUCUGGGCUUGGGUGGAACGAGCUGCGAAAAUAUCGAGAAAUGGCAACAUGGCACACGAUAAUUUCGAUCUUUCUUAUAUCGGCGUUUAUGGUCUCUGGAUGGAAGACAUCGAUCCCAAGCAUCGAAUGCUCGGUCAGAGCCCUAACACACUCGGCAAAACGAUUGAGAAUCUGGUGCACCGUUUGAAUAUACCUGGCAUCAGCAAAAUGACGACCGAAUAUACCGCCAACAGGCAGCUCUGCCUCUAUUCAGCCGGCUUAGCCUGGUCUUCUGACGAGCUCAAGUCGAUCGUCAAACGGCUGGUGAUGAAAAAUCAGCAUACAAAGGCGGCAGCCUUGGCUCUGUUUGCGAUGGACCGCAAGUUGGCGUACAAGGCACUCCGCGAUAAAACUGCUAAUCAGUCCCACAAAAUGCUGGCCAUGGCAAUCGCCGGGUCAUUCAAGAAAGCCCGAAAUGAAGACGCUGGAGCAAGUAGUCCGGGAGAGUCGGAUGCCCAGGAUGAUUGGGCUGACACGAUUUCAUCCCUUGCCGACGAGUUGACGGAUCCCUAUGCGCGAGCGAUCCUAGCAUAUGUCAAAACCGGGGAUUGGUCGAAUGUAGUUGCCGAAGAAUCCCUUCCUCUCAAAUACCGCGUUUGCAUUGCUUUGCGACACUACGACGAUUCGAGACUGACAAAGUACAUCUCUGAUACGACCAAGGAAGCAUUGGCAGCAGGAGACAUUGAGGGUGUUGUGCUAACAGGCACGGCAACGCAGGCCGCUUUCGACCUCAUGAGCGGCUACGUUCAGCGCUUCGGUGAUUUACAAACAGCGGUAUUGGCACUUUGCUCGACCAUUCCACGAUACUUGGAUGACGAGACUGUGCUUCGUAAGUUCAAUGGCUGGAAAGAUGCUUACAGGCACAUGAUGAACAGUUGGAAUCUGAAGUUUGACCGAGUGCGGUUCGAUAUAGCCUGCCAUAAUGCCGCUAGAGACGAGGGGGGAAGACCGCUGAUACCCCCGGCAAAACAGCAAGUACGUCUCGUCUGCAGCUUUUGCGCACAGAGCAUUGCACAUUUGGCGGGCGCGGAUGGCGAAAAUGUGUCUGGCCACAAGGUUAUGGAUACAGCUCGGCACCCGCUGACCAAGGAGAAGGCGGCGGCUGUUGGUAUAGUGUGUCCCAAGUGCGAACGACAUUUGCCACGUUGUGGUGUCUGCGACCUCUGGCUUGGAGAGCCUGAUGGAUCCUAUCUGCCGUGGUACGGGUCGCAAUCACUAUCGAAGCAUGACGCCGGCAAGGCUAGUCUUGAUCUCAGUGCCAGCGUUGCGGGAAGUGUGCAGACAACAUUGGGACCUGACACCACCCUGGGACCCAACAUCAAGGGCAGCUCCCCUCGACAGAAACACUCGGUACCAGUGAACUCCAAGGUUUCAACGAGUGAGUCGUCGACAAAGACGACCGUCCCUACUUCCCCAGCACCCAACAAGACAGUGGAUUCAGUUCCCGAAAUUAUGGUGGCUGCGCCAGAAGGUUCAGGCCACGGGCAAGGGCCUGAUGGCGAGAUGAAGAAGGUAGAGGCCGCGCGGAAGUGGGAUAGCACCAUGUCUCGAUUCACGACCGCGUCUAUAAUGAUGGCCACCCGCACCAGAAUAUCAAUGAAUGUCGCAUCGGCCAGGAAUGGAGUGGGAUACUUCUUCGCCAUCGUCUUUGUGGCCCUUUCUCUCCUCGCGGUGUACAUGCUCCGUGUAGCAUCCAUCAUGUCGGGCGUGGCCGACAAAAUGGAAUAUAUCACCACAAACAGCCAAUUCACGGAACACUCGAUGGAACUACGCACCACGUACACCGGGAUCGCACCUUUGGACAAAGGUCUCUCGUUCCUGGUGGCGGCUUUUAUGAAUGGCGCGGCCGGAUGGGACAGGGGGUUCCUCGUGUUCAUGAUGUAUUUCCUGUUCUCUUUCUUCCCUAUUGUAUCCAUCUGGGCGAUCGAGAGUUGCAGGGAGAGGAACGGCCUUGCUCUGACGAGAUUUAUAUAUGCGCUAUUCUACCAAACGGUUGGGGGAGCCAUCAUCAUCCCGAUCUACUACCUGGCAUACCUUUACGACACAUCCUCAAAUCAAUACUGGGCCAAAAUACGACGUGUCCCAUUGCCAUAUGCUAAAGCACUGCCUCCUGCGGUGAUAAUUGGAUAUCUGAUCCCCACGGUCCUGAUGUUCCUGCCUUACUCGACGGCGCACAACCUGUGGACGACCCAGGCCAUGGUGGCUUUCUGGCAGCCAUGCCCCUGGUACGUCAACGCCCUGCUCUGGCUGUUGCCGACAUUUUAUUCAGGCCGCCGCGCCGCCUCUCAGCCUUCAAACGCUCAAGCCCACCAAACCACUAAGCCGAAACCAGACUACGCUCCCGGGCACGACGACGUCAAAUAUCUCAAUCGGGUCUACCUGGUCUCCUUCGCCGUCGCUGCACUGUCGCACGUCGCCGUCGCCGUCACGUGCCUUGUAUCCUCGGACCCAGAGCAUUCCUUCCAACACAUGUUUUUGCCUCCGUCGUCAUCGACAUCGUCCUCGUCGACGAUGGCGGAGUCAGACACCCAACAACUCUCAUUGGUCCAGGGCAUGCAUGCCAUCUUCCAAGCAGACUACUGGAUCAUCUUCGUGGCCUCCCUGGUCUGGGCGUACCUGGCAAUCUGGGACCUGAAACGUCUGGGGUUGACGAGGGACGUCAAUCUCGCCACGGCGCUCCUGGCGAUGCUGCUGGGUUGUGUGCUCGUGGGGCCUGCCGCGACGGUCGCUAUGGUCUGGUGGUGGAGGGAGGGCGUCUUGGUCGCAGCGGAGCGAGCGUAG